AUGGGGGCACCUUUGCUAUCCCCGAGUAGCUCGCUUCUCUCGAAGCGUCAGCGGGAGGCGGUGGCCGAGAGUUCCAGAGCGGAGGCGGCCAAGAAGGCUCGCUGUGAUGGGACAGUCGGGACCAUCCAAGUGGCAGGGGGUCGGGAUGACGUUUCUCCGAUAAGGAUUCCUGGAGUGGCUCUGUCCGGGUCUGGAGUGGCUCCGUCUGGGUCUGGAGCCGUGUCGCCUGCCUCACCUGCCGCAUCGGGGGCAGUUCAGGAGACUCCGAAGGACGUUCCUCUGCCGUCCGACGUGGGGUCACCGUCGGGAGUUCCAACGGCUUCUUUGCCCGCAUCACGAGGUGCGGUUGAGAAAGUGAUCUCCAUUCCUUCCGACGAAGAGGAAGAAGCUGGAGAUGAUGAGGGGCUUACGGGCUUAGCCGAUCCUGCCCGCGAAAUCGCCGGCAAAGAGGGUCCUUCCUCUUGGGCGAAUCGCUCGUCUAGGGAGACGGGCGAAUCUGAGGAGGAUGACGACGACGCCUCAAUACACGAGGCCCUGUCGAGUGAGGAAGAGGAUUUGACUCAUGAAGAUGCGACUGGUCAAAUAGGGGGAUCCCCUGCUCCUGCGGCGGUGUCUGCUGAGGAUCGUUCCUCAGUGCGAGAGUCACCGCUUCAAAGAGAGGUUUCUGCUCAGCAAGUGAUCACCUCCCUGUCGGGGGUCGCCGUUGAUGCCGUGAUUGCUGUUCCGAGGUCAUCAUUGGUCACACCGGCCCUGGCGACGCCAAUUACUACUUCCACAGUUACGGCCACCAGUGCUUCAACCGCGGUUCCAUCUAUGAUGGAAGAGGCUGCCCUCUCUCCCUUGGAGCGUGAGCGAAGAAAGAGUGCGGCACGAUCCGUGGCUGAAUUCCAUGACACUAUGGCUGCCUGCAUCAGGCUCGCGCUGGAAGAGAGUUGUCCUUUCGAGAGCUUCGAAGAGGAUAUCGACUACAUCAUAGGCUUCUUAAUCAAGAGGCUAAAGCAUUCUGGGGCGCAGCCUUAUUUCCAGCGUAAGGAGGCGGUGAAAGAAGCCAUCCAGCAGUUGCUUGCUCUUCGCGCGAAGAGUUCCACUCUUGUGGAUCUUGCAUCCGGCGAAGUCCGAGCGGUGGUGCAAGAGCGGGAUCGCCGUCUGAAUGAAACUAUGUCACUAGAGGCGAGAUUGUCGGAGGAGCUGGAGCAGGCCAGAGCUGAGAAUGAACGUCGAGAGGAGGUGCCGGCUGCCGAGGAGCAUGCGGCCGAUCCCAUUCUGAUUUCAGACGACGAAUCUGAAGGCCGUGCGAACUCCGCUGCUCCGGAUCCCGCUCCCCAGCCGGGAGCCGAACCUUGCCUCGAAAUUCCUCCCAUCACGGCGCUCGCUCCAGGCCAGAGCUUUGUUCCCUCCGAGUCUCAACCAUGGCAGGCCCGUAUUGAAGAGUUCGAAGGUGCUGUAAGGCAGGCAAUUUCCCUCGUCGAACUCGGUGCGGUUGAGAAAGUGAUCUCCAUUCCUUCCGACGAAGAGGAAGAAGCUGGAGAUGAUGAGGGGCUUACGGGCUUAGCCGAUCCUGCCCGCGAAAUCGCCGGCAAAGAGGGUCCUUCCUCUUGGGCGAAUCGCUCGUCUAGGGAGACGGGCGAAUCUGAGGAGGAUGACGACGACGCCUCAAUACACGAGGCCCUGUCGAGUGAGGAAGAGGACUUGGCUCAUGAAGAUGCGACUGGUCAAAUAGGGGGAUCCCCUGCUCCUGCGGCGGUGUCUGCUGAGGAUCGUUCCUCAGUGCGAGAGUCACCGCUUCAAAGAGAGGUUUCUGCUCAGCAAGUGAUCACCUCCCUGUCGGGGGUCGCCGUUGAUGCCGUGAUUGCUGUUCCGAGGUCAUCAUUGGUCACACCGGCCCUGGCGACGCCAAUUACUACUUCCACAGUUACGGCCACCAGUGCUUCAACCGCGGUUCCAUCUAUGAUGGAAGAGGCUGCCCUCUCUCCCUUGGAGCGUGAGCGAAGAAAGAGUGCGGCACGAUCCGUGGCUGAAUUCCAUGACACUAUGGCUGCCUGCAUCAGGCUCGCGCUGGAAGAGAGUUGUCCUUUCGAGAGCUUCGAAGAGGAUAUCGACUACAUCAUAGGCUUCUUAAUCAAGAGGCUAAAGCAUUCUGGGGCGCAGCCUUAUUUCCAGCGUAAGGAGGCGGUGAAAGAAGCCAUCCAGCAGUUGCUUGCUCUUCGCGCGAAGAGUUCCACUCUUGUGGAUCUUGCAUCCGGCGAAGUCCGAGCGGUGGUGCAAGAGCGGGAUCGCCGUCUGAAUGAAACUAUGUCACUAGAGGCGAGAUUGUCGGAGGAGCUGGAGCAGGCCAGAGCUGAGAAUGAACGGAUGGUCUUCGAGCGACAGAAGGCUGACAACCGCGUUUCUCGCCUGUCUUCGGAGGUAGAGACUCUGAAGCAGGUCAUAGCCAAGGCGCGGGCCUCAUUGGCUAUUCAAGAGAAGGCUCGUGAGCAGGCGGUCAAAGAGUUGGAGAACAUUGAAUCUCGCCAGCAGCUGACUGCCAAUUCAGUGGAGGAAAAGGAGCGAGCCCAUAAGGAAGCCAAAGAGACCGUUCAAGACUUGGCCUCGCGUACGGAUGAAGAUCUUCGCCGAGAGAUUCUAAGGAGGCUUGAACUUCGCCAUGCCGAAGAACUUCGUGAGGCGGAGCUGCGGUUAAAAUCUCUGUAA